AUGACUUCUGGGGACGAUGUCGACAAAAUCAAUGGCAUACUCGCCAGCGUCCGCGAUACCCCUCUCAGCACCUCAGAGGCAACCGACGAGGUGCUAGCACCCGUCUACACGUAUUUAAUGACAGUCCCAUCCAACAGCUCAGAUAAAUGUUAUCACUGGUUCUGCAGCCGCGCGGACCCCCUUACUGUGGAUGCCGCUGCUUUUCUGCUGAGAUUGUUUGCCUAUGACAGCCCCCAGGUGGAAAAAUGGAAAGCUAGGCUGAGGAGCUGUUUGGCAGGAUGUAGCGAGUGUGUUAAGGCUCUCGGAGAGGUCAAGGUUAGCUCGCGCUCAACAUAUUUCGGUGCCUUCUCUGAUCAAGUAGUGAAAGGAUUCUAUAGCAACUUUGACGAAUGGGAGCUGAGUCUCGUCAAAGGCGCACUGACUAGCGCUGGUAUCAACAGCGCCAACGUUAAUCCUAAUGCCUUGCGCAAACUGCCACCUGGUGUUCUGUACCACAUGGUCUCAAAUUUGCGCGUUCUACGUGACCCGAUGGUUAUGAACGUGAUACGUUGUCGUCCUUCUACCUCGUCAUGGCCAAAGGAUGUCCCCCCUCCCGGGCUUCUUAUCCUUCUCUUUGACGAAUCUCAGGAGGUACGACAGUGGGCGAGGUCAUUCAUCUCCUCUUGUACCGAGAUCCCAAUGCCGGAGGCACGUUUCGUUACUGGUCAUGAAGUAGCUUUGCAAGCCAUUUUCAACCUCCUAACAAAAACAAGAGGAGACGCUUCUACCUCUGAUUCUACUGUGUUUACUGUACUCACAAUGGAGACUGUGCCAGAAGUUCUUCGGUCUAUUACGGUUGUCUCAGAUCCCCGUGAGCUUUGGAUAGGAUACUCUCAGGUUCUUCGGUUGCUACCGAACCGUAUUCUACUCAAAUCUUACGGUGGCGUUGACUGCCGGCGGAUGGUGAUCGGACACUUACACGACGUAGGCCCUCAAUUCAUGGAUGUAUUGCGGUGUCUUCUAUUUCUACUGAAGCGCCUUCGUUUUCAGUUGUGGAAAGGGGAAGGUCCUGAGUACCCCCAAGUCGUGUUUGAUGCCAUCAAAGACAAUCCAUCUUUUACGAAGCUCGUGGAAGGUAUAGAGCCCUCUGAAGAGAGACCAUGGUUCCUCUCGUGGUUUGGAGAGUACCUCAUCUCACUCCACGACACUCCUGCCUUUGGUGACGUACUUGCCAAGGUCGCCGAUUUACUCUGCGAAGAACUGCAGCACGAGAGGUUCAGAGAGGGGCGACCGACAGUAAUGUUCAUGACCGCGCGGUUACUCGCAAGCUUUCUACGUAAGGCACAAACUGACGAGUGGGCUCGUCAUCGGGGUGCUAUAUCUGGCGUUUUGGACAUCCACUCCGACACAUUCGUGGCGGUUGCAUUUGGUCGUCAGUACGCGGACGAAAAGUGGAAGUCUGCCCGAGUCGUUGCUCGUGAACUUAUCGUUACGAGCCUUAACGGAGACGUGCGGGAGAUGAUUGACGCAGUCUUACGAUCGUGCGAAUACCUUGCAGGCUUGGCACUCGAAUUCCCGGUGUGCUCAGUCCGGGAGCAGUUGUGGCAAAAGACAUACGAAUCGUUACAGAUCAACGAUUCUGACGGUGCUGCCGUGAUCCUAGGGGUAGUCGCACAGUUCUCACAUCUGGAUGUCUUGAACAAGCUGGCGUAUAAGCGGGUGUUAUCCAAACCAGAUGCCCUACUCGCAUUCGACGCUAUCAACCGGUCACUAUCUGUCACCCGAGAGGGCUUCGUUGAUGCCAUCUCAAAGUUGGCCAACUACAACCAACAGAAGUUUAUCCGUGACCUCUUUCAGAGGGAGGGUGUGGCGAAGGAUGUCAUGACACUGAUGUUCUCCCCCAUUGAUGACCUGCAAACAGCCGCCAAGGUUUUGGUUGGGCAAGCUUUCGACGCGGACGCUCGUCUCGAUUGUUUUCGCGCUCUCCUAUCCAAUCUCACGGACCCGUCGUUCGCUGGUAUUCUGGGAUUCUUGGAGAAAUUUACCCGCUAUGCACCCCUCGUCACUGAAGCUUGCAGCUUGUCAAAGUCUCUCGUACAAUGUCUCACCGAUGUGGUCGAGGUUCUUUGCUCUAGUCCGGAUGGCCUUCUGUUAUCCAACAAAUAUCUGCGUUCCGACGAUCCACAGGGCCCGGCAGCUCAGCUCCCACGAUUAUGGACGCUUAUGACCCAGUCCAUUACUGUCAUCUUUAAACGGACACCACUAUGGGCGGCAUACUUCGAGAUACCGGACAUGACUGUCUGGAUGCGGGAUGCACUGAUCUUUGGCCGGGAUAUGCUGGCUCAAUGGCGUGUCAUAGAGAGAGCAGCUGUAUCAGCUUCUGGAGGAGAACCGCCUCCGCGCCCUGGAAAGACCCCAAAGCUUUCAAGGGUCGGGAAGCGGAUGAUGACCGACUUACAGCCUUUUCUGCCGGAACUCGCUCGCUGGUUACGGCUGUCUGACGAGGAACUUCUCCACCAAUCUUUCGCACUCGUACAAACAUCAUUAGAAUGCUUCCGGACGACUGGGGUACCUCCGUCCGAGGCAGGGCUUGCAAAACUGAACAAGCACAUCGAGGAUGGGAGAAUGCAGACUGAGGGAGCUCCUAAGACUAGACUGGAUGCAGGUCGAAUAUCAAAGCUAGAAGCUGCUCUCGCAUCCUUUGGGGAGGAUGGUGAAGAAGACGUGGUGUUCGUCUCGAUGACAACUGAUCGCCGGGCACCCGCAACAAAGUCUACAGAGUCCAAACCCGUGAAACAGGAAUCCUCUAUAGCUCCGGUAGUUCGUGGACCCCAGGUUCCUGAGAAACACGUACAGAUCGAUCGGAAGGAUGCACGAUCAGAAGUUCCGGUCCUUCCCACAUUCCGGAGAGCAGAACCCGCAAUUACGUCAGGACCGAGUCGCAAACCCCUCGCCCCUCGAGAUCGUCCCGAGGUUCUUCCACCCGAGUCGUCCUCCAGUGAUUCUGAUUCUGAUGCUGGAGGACCGGUGCGUGGAUUAGCAGCGCUCGGGAAAUUCCAAAAAUCUCCCAAGAUUCAGAAGCCUGCUGAGCGCCGUCAGGUCAAAAUGAUGGAUGUCACGAAUCAAGCGAAGAAUGCCACCAUGGAACGACUCAAUCGACGAGAUGAUGCUCGUCGUCGAGCCUUGAGGUUAAAACCCGACAUCUCCGGUCUUCAUCGUGCACUCCUGUCUUGGGACUACGAUCACGCCGGACCAGAUCCACCGAACCGGGGAGAAAAGCCACGGCUGCUCCACGUUCCCGACAAAUUCAUUGAUCACCGCCAAUAUUUGAACGUCUUCGAACCAUUGCUACUUUUGGAAUGCUGGGCUCAAAUCUUGCAAUCAAAGGAGGAAGCUACUCCCGUCGUUGAAUGCAAGAUUGGAUCGAAGCAGUUUACCGACGAUUUUGUCGAUCUUGAUGCCAGUAUUUCAGAAGCCGUUCAAAAAGACUGGCGCCUAAGUGAGACGGACGUGGUUUUGCUUCGGCAGCCCGAUGGGAAGAAAUCGUAUCUCGCUAAAACCCAGUCCUACAGGCAAACUGUAGCGGGCAUCCAGGUGACCCUCCGUUGCUUCGUGCUUGUGAAUGCAGGGGAUCAGGGACCACAGAUCAACACCACGUGGAAUCUAAAGAAGGUCAUCAGCUUGAGUACUCUCCAUCGCGAGUACGCUACUUUGAUGGGUUUGCCGUAUUACGACUUGUUUCCUACGGUUAUGCAACCUCGCUUAUCUGGGCAUCCUCAUUUGGACCAUCACGAUGUGCAGGAAACCAUGACCAACUAUCGUGUCAACGAGCCACAAGCACGAGCUAUCCUAAGUUCAUUGCAGACAGAGGGUUUUGCACUGAUUCAAGGUCCGCCAGGAACUGGUAAAACCUCCACUAUUUGUGGACUAGUGGAAGCUUUCCUCCUGAAACGGCGCUUACCUUCCACCUCGAUCCACGUUGGUCGGAGUUCUACUCAAGCGGACAAGGGACCCGUGCAAAAAGUCCUUCUAUGUGCACCCAGCAAUGCAGCUAUCGACGAGGUCGCUAGUCGCCUGAAAGAGGGGUGCCGAGGAACGCACAAGCGUGGUACACCCAUCAAGGUGGUUCGUAUUGGCCACGACAGGUCCCUGGAUGUCAGCGUGAUGGACAUAUCCCUGGAUUACCUUGUCGAGCAGAAGAUCAACAGCGAUAACGUUAAGGUCUCAUCCAAGACUGCGGGCAACGACAUAGCAGCCCUUCGUCAGGAAAUUGAUUCGGUAAAGCGUGCAAAACAAGAAAAGCUGGAGGAAUUAGCUACCAUUCAGAACAAUACGACACGAACGGCGGCACUCGAGGAAGAGAUCAAAAAGCUUAACUCCCGCCGAAUGGUUCUAACUCAGCAAUUUGAUAGAUUGAAGGAUAAGCAAAAGUCUGACAAUCGAACCCUUGACGCCGUACGGAGGCGGUAUCGUUUGGAGAUUUUACAAGAAGCGGAUGUCAUAUGCGCUACGCUUGCAGGCUCAGGCCACGAAUCCAUUGAGCAACUAGAGUUUGAAAUGAUCAUCAUAGAUGAGGCCGCACAGGCAAUAGAACUCAGUUCUUUGAUACCCUUGAAAUUCCGUUCCUCUAGAUGUAUCAUGGUUGGAGACCCACAACAACUUCCUCCUACUGUCCUUUCACAAGAGGCCUGCAAAUUCCAGUACAAUCAAUCUCUCUUUGUUCGAUUACAAAAACAUAGGCCGGAUGCCGUUCAUUUAUUAAGCAUUCAGUAUCGUAUGCACCCAGAGAUCAGCCAACUCCCGAGCCACUUAUUUUAUCAAAAGCGCUUGCUUGACGGUCCAGAUAUGGCACUCAAGACAGCGAAACCGUGGCACUCCCAUCCUAAAUUCGGGCCGUACCGAUUUUUCAACGUCAACCGUGGUCAAGAACAGGAAACGCCUGGACACUCAUUAAAAAAUCCUAUUGAGGCACAAGUUGCCGUGGCCCUGUACAUGAGACUACGUAAAGAAUAUGCAACCACGGACCUUGACUUCCGUGUUGGAGUGGUUUCGAUGUAUCGAGGCCAAGUCAACGAACUGCAGAGAGCGUUCGAAAGGCGAUUUGGCAACGAUAUUCGUGGCAAAAUUCACUUCAACACCGUUGACGGCUUCCAGGGCCAGGAAAAAGAUAUUAUCAUCCUUUCCUGCGUUAGGGCUGGACCAGGACUACAAACAGUGGGGUUCUUGGCAGACGUCCGACGAAUGAACGUAGCGCUGACUCGUGCUAAAUCCUCCUUGUUCAUCUUGGGAAACGCCCCGACACUUGAAAGAAGUAACCAGGACUGGAAAGAAAUUGUUGGCAAUGCCCGAUCUCGGGGAGUUUUAACUGAUGUAGUACGUCGGCUGUUUAACGAUCAGUUUCCGUUACUGAGGCAUAAUGCCGUGUCUCCUUCCCAGCCAAAAGUGCAAGCGCAGGCCGGUAAACCCGUCAAACCACCCAGCGGUCCAAAGCCACCAGACAGCCUCGUUACUCCACAGAGCCUGGUGGAGUCAGUGCGUGCUAAACCUGCAAGUAUCCGCCGACUCUCUGGAUCGGAGGGACGGAAAGAUGUUCCCGUGCAAAAGGGGGGACAGAAGAGACCACUCGCCCCCGAAGAUAACUCAUCUGCUGCCCCCAGCACGGGUAAACCAAACCUCCCACCGCUGAAGAAGCCUAAGAAAGAGAAAGCUAGCAUCUUCAUUCCAAAGAAGAACAAGCCAUAA